AUGUUCAGCUCCAUCGCGAUCGGGAUGCUUGUCGUCAGCGGUGUUGUAUCGGCGCUCCCUCAGCGCCGGGCGCUACCGUCCGGCACUGUCACUUGCGGAAGCCACAAGUAUAGCGUCAGCCAGGUGUCAUCGGCGGUAUCCCAGGGAUACAAGGACUACAAAGCCGGCACUGAAGUCGGCUCGAACGACUAUCCCCACACUUUCCGCAACGACGAAGGACUGAAGCUUUACUGCUCCGGUUCGUCUUGGGAAGAGUUCCCGAUCUUGACGAGCGGUGUCUACACUGGCGGUUCUCCUGGCGCCGAUCGGGUCAUCUUCGACACCUCUGGCACUUAUUGCGCUGUCGCCACACAUACAGGGGCAUCAUCGACAAACGGAUUUGUUUCUUGCCAGGGAGAUUGA